AUGAGUUCAAGGGAUCCUGAGAGUAGUUCGAGUAAAUCUCUUAGUAAGAAGCCCAAGGAUGAAUUACAUGAUGAAGAUGAUAAGCAGAUAAACCCAAUCAAAGAUCAGAAGAAUAGAAAUGCAGAUUCAAAUACCACGGAUUUCUCCAAACUUAUGGAAGGAGUUGUUUUUGUGUUGUCGGGCUUUGUGAAUCCUGAGAGGAGUACACUAAGGUCACAGGCUUUGGCAAUGGGAGCCACUUAUCAACCUGACUGGAACUCUGACUCUACUUUGUUGAUCUGUGCUUUUUCUAACACUCCCAAGUUCCGUCAAGUGGAAACUAGCUCUGGAACUAUUGUCUCAAAGGAAUGGAUAUCUGAGUGUUAUAAACUGAAGAAGUUGGUGGAUAUUGAGCAAUACCUUAUGCAUGCUGGCAAACCAUGGAGGAAACACAGUGCUCCUCAAGUUGCUAUUCGAGAAAAGAAAGAACAGUUGUCUAUAAAAUCAGAGAAGCAAGUCGAUAAAAAACCAGAAACAAGAGGGACCCCAUCUGCUUCAUCCAAGAGUAGAUCAGGUGGCAAUCUUGUGAAAGAGCCAUUUUCUGUUACCGAGGUGAAGAAAUGGGCCAGGGAUGAUCUAACUCAAACCAUCUCAUGGCUAGAGAGUCAGGAGGAGAAACCAGAACCAGGCGAGAUCAAACGAAUAGCUGCAGAAGGAGUCUUGACCUGUUUACAAGACGCCAUAGAUUCUCUUGAGCAAAAGCAGGACAUUGGAUCAGUUACGGAGCUGUGGAGCUUUGUCCCUCGCGUAGUGAAGGAGCUUGGAAAGAUCGAGUCUUCUUCUAAAAAGGAAAGCACCGUAGCUUUGAAGGAAGAACUUUGCAAACAAGCAAAGUCGUGGAAAAAGGUUUACGAGGCUGAGCUAGCAAAGGCGGGAGAAGAAGAAUCAUCGGGAACAAAAAGCAGAGGCACCUCCUCUCGGAUUGAUUCUGGCUACAAUAGUGACGAGACCGUUGAAAUGACUGAAGAAGAGAUCGAACUUGCUUACAGGAACGUUUCCUCAAGCAUAGCUUAG